AUUGGCCAGGUUCGGCUCAGCGUGCUCUGACCUUUGUGACAACAGGUCCAACAUGGCUGCCUGUCACAGAAUGUGACGGUCACGGUUCUGUCUGUAACACCUGUUCGUUUAAGCUGAGCUAGCAUCAAAGUCGUUACAGCUUUCUCUUACUGUUCCCAUUAAUGGGGAUAUGGCUAAGAGGCGUCGAGAAAUGGAAAGUAAGGACGAACAUUUACAAGUGUGCUCUCUGUGUUUCAGGAGAGAGUCAAGCCGAGUGGCUUCUCAUGAAGGCCAAAGUCGCCCUGGCAGUGGCCAUAGUAAAGAACAAGCCGUCAGGGUUGAGCAGCAGACAGUUCACUGAGGUGUUAGCCAGCAAGCUGAAGAGCCACGACGAAGGCUGGAAGGAAAAAGCCCAGGAGCUUCAGCAGGAGGUGCUGAGGCUGCGACAGGAAGUGCUGAUCACCAGAGUGACGUCGAGCACGAGGAGCCGCACGGAGGAGGCAGCUCAUGAUGACCCGGUGGACAACGCUUCACAGGACCUGUUUGACUCGGAGACUCCUGGACUCCUGUCACGAGACCCCCAGCCUGCCGUCAGUGCCCCCCAGCCUCCGGUUCCCUGCAGUCUUCCUCAUGUGCGGUUCCUCCAGUUGCUUUGUGGCCUCCACAGAGGCCUGGAGCCUCUGUGGUUCCACCCUAAAGGGGAUGGAGGGUCAGUGCUGGUGGACUCUGUGUGCCAGCUCCUGGACUCGGUGGUGGCGGCGUGCAGGGACCCCCCUCGGCUAGGACCUCGUGAUCUCAUCCUGCAGGGCUGCCAGGUCGCCGCCAGAUCAAUGGAGCUCUUCUGCUCUCAGAGGCCCCCGUCUGUGGAGUUCAUGAGGCGGGUGGAGGAGUCACUGCGGGAGCUGACCGGGACGCUGCUACACCGGAAUCAGCUCAGCACGCUGCCGGCUGCAGAGGAGCUGACGGAGUACCUGUUCACGUUGGGGAGCAGCAGCAUGUCAAAGUCCUUUCUCAUUGGUCAUGUCCUCUCUCAGAUCAGCACCCUGGCUGAUCAGCUGUGGCAGGCCUUCCAGGGGCAGGAGAGCUCGGGGCUUGACAAGUUUCCUGUGGACCAGUAUCAAAACUCAUGCUACCUGUUCUGGGUCCUGGAGAAGCUCCUGCAGAGUUCAGAGGUACCGUGCAAGGUGAAGGUCGGGUCAGAGCUAUCGGGCUUCCUCAAUCACUUGGAACAGCGUGUCUUCCUGUUGUCAGAUGAGUUUCCCUUGUUUUCCAUCUACAUGUGGAGGAUAGGAGGGCUCCUCAGCUCCUGGAACAAGUAAGCCCCCCAACGGAGCAGGCAGACAGUCAGUUCACAGGUUUUCUUUCCACUGGCCCACGUGACCAAAGCGGGUUGAAACCGCAGAUCAACACCAGCUUCUAUAGAAACACAGACAGCAUCAUAUUGACAAAAGGCCGUAAUCUCCAGAACUGCUGAAAGAAUAAGUCUGGUGUUAAACUGCACUUUUCUUAUUCUCAGUAAGUCCUCUCAAAGAGACCAGAACCCGCAGUGGAGAUACCUCCUAACAAGUCAACACGCUGACCCCCGUCACUCAGUCCCGCACACACCAUCCUGCUGCUGCAGAUACUCACUACAG